AUGGCUCCGAAGAAGCAGCGUGCCGACGUGCAGAAGCGGUACCGCCGCGAUGACGUCAAGAAGCACACCAAGGCGUCUGAAAAUGACAUGGGCGACCGCGUGCUCUUCAAGCACGGCUCCAAGGCCGCGGAACCCGAAGACGUGUACGUGGCGCCGGACUCCAGCAUCGCCGAACGCUACCGCCUCCGCAACCACCCGCACAUGCGCAACAAGGCGACCGGGGAGCUGUCGUGGCUGUCGUGGCGCGCGCCCCUGCGCGCCGUCGGCAAGGUCAUGGGCUCCGGGUCCGAGCUCUACUUCCAGCUGAUGCGCCAAAUCGGAUUCGUGUUCACGCUCAUGUUUCUGGGAUCCACCGUCUGGGUGGUCCUCGCCAACCGCGCGGAAUGGUACACGCGGAACGGCCAGCCGAUCCCCGGCCGCCGCCCGCGCUUCUACGCCAGCGGCACCUCCAUCGCGGGCUACUCCCUCGCGGCGCUCUUUGAGCUCGAGGACUUGCCCGAGCGCUUCAAUUAUGAAAUGGAGGCUCGGAUCAGCGCGUCGGGGAACGAGACCGAGCUCUCGCGCGAGACCUUCCUGCUCAUCGUCCAGGGCAUGUGCCUCCUCGGCGCGGUCGUCUUCCUGCUCUGGGUGAUCACGUCGCGCUUCUACGCCAACGCCGUCGAGCGGCGCGUCGACGCCGACACGGUGGAGGUGUCGGACUACACCGUGUUCAUCACGGGGCUCCCGCGGAAGGGCGUGGUCGCGAGCGAGCUCGCGGAGUUCGCCGAGGCGCGGUUCGGGCCCGUGGUGGAGGUGCUGCUGGCGAUCGACGACAAGGUGCUCUUCCAAAUGGCGUACGCGCGGUCGAAGGCGGUGCUGGCGCUGAAGCGCGCGCGGGCGUCGGAAAAGCUCGGGGAGUCGCGGCGCGGGCGCAUCGCGCGGCUGAAGCGGCUGAUUCGGCGGAUCGACCUCAAGAUCCUGAAGUUCAAGAUGAGAAAGGAAUUCGUGACUGUCGGCGCGUUCGUGACGUUCAACACGGAGGAGUCGCGGAACAAGUGCCUCGCGGCGCUGCACCCGGGCUUCUGGGCGUGGCUCUGCCGCAACCGCACCAUGUACUUCAAGCAGCGCCACAACCUCAGCGCCAAGCAGGCCGAGCCCCCCGGGAACAUCAACUUCGACAACCUCCAGUUCGGCUUCCUCAACCGCCUCCUCCGCCGCACCAUCACCUGGACCGCCGCCGUCGUCAUGCUCAUCCUCUCGUACUUCAUUAUCAACGAGAUCCGAUUCCAGGGCGCCGAGGUGGCCGACUCCCUCGACGGCCGCUGGAAGACGAACGUCCUCGCGCGCGGACUCGGCGUCGAGACCAGCGCCUACGUCGCCACCGAGGACGCGUUCGACGCCUACCAGCCGCAGUGCACAGCCAUCCUCACGCAAUGCUCCAAUUCGAUCGCGAACUUCCAGGGCAACACGUUUGCGCAGCUGGGCGGGGUGGACCUGUCGUACUACUCCCCAAUCCGCGUCUCGAACAUCAACGUCGGGCAGGACGUCGCCGCGCUCGACCUGCUGCGCACCACCCUCCCCGCCACGUGCUACACGUGCUACUGCGACGGCCUGAAGCGCUGCAUCGAGGACUUUGGCACGUGCACCAACUUCGACGCGCAGAUCGGGCAGGACUUCUCCCUCACGUCGCUGCGCAACCAGGCGCGCGACGACUGCGACCUGUACAUCGACCGCGAGCCGCUGUUCGAGCUGGCCCGGUUCGGCGCGUCGUUCGUGAUCGUGCUGUUCAACUUCUUGAUGCGUCUCGUGCUCGAGAAGCUCACGGCGUUCGAGAAGCACCAGACGCAGACGGACCACGCCGUGUCCGUGAUGCUCAAGAUCAUCAUCGUGCACUUCAUCAACAUCGCGCUGAUCGACCUGUUCAGCGGCGCGCGGCUCGAGGAGGUGCCCGUGGGCGAGCUCAGCCGCGGGCGCUUCUUCUCCGGCGAGCACAAGGACUUCACGCCGGACUGGUACUCGGACGUCGGCAACACCAUGCUCGCGACGCUGCUCGUCGCGUCCUUCGCGCCCAUGGCCGGGCGGCUGUGGAACAUCCUGUACGACAGGUACAAGCGUAGGAAGGUCGCCGAGAAGUGCAUCAUCCAGGAGGACCUGAACCGCGGCCUCGUCGGCCCGCAGCCGAAGCUCUACCUCCUCUACGCCGAGCUCGUCGUGGUCGUCCUCGUCGCGCUGGUGUUCGGCGCCGGCGUCCCUCUCAUGUACUUUGUCGUGCUCCUCAAGAUCGUGGCGUUCACGCUCUUCGACCGGUACUACCUCACGCGCGUCGCGCGGAGCCCCGCGCGCUACAACCAGCGCCUGUGGCUGUUCGCGACCGGCGUGAUGCGCGUGGGGCUCAUGCUGCACUGCUUCAUCGCCACGUGGAUGCUGUCGCACUUCAUCGCGCCGCGCGCGGGCGAGGACGCCGACAGCCUCAGCGCGACGGAGCCGCAGAGCGAGGACACGUUCAACUUCGCCCGCAUCGUCCAGAUCAACGCCGUGGGCAUGCUCGUCCUCGGCGCCGCCAUUGCGUUCUGGGAGGUGGGCGUCACGAUCUUCAUCGGGUCGUUCGUCUGGGAGUUCGUCCUCAAGGGCGUCCUCUUCAACAUCUUCUGCUUCUGCCUGCAGAUGGAGAAGGCGGCGGAGAAGGCGAAGCUCACCAUGACGUACAAGGACGCGUACGAGUCGCUCGCGCUGGUCGGGCCGCGCACGUACGACGUCGUCGAGCUCCCGAAGUACCGCCAGGCCUUCGAGAUCCAGUGCGUCAUCGAGUCGCGCGCCGGGACCCCCCGGGGGACUCUGGCGCCGCGGCGCGUCUCCAAGCGCAAUCCGUCGAUGGUCAACCACGACGAGGUGCAGUACGAGGACGCGCCCAUGCCCCCGCGCACCGCGGAGGAGACCCUGCCGUCCAAGGCGUCGUCCUCGCGCCGCAAGGUCGGGCUGCAAGACGACGGCAAGCUGCACCUCGGCGGCGGGAAGGUCGUGGCCGCGGCGGACCUGGACGAGUUCGACUUCGAGAUGUUCGGGUACCUGUUCGACGUGGAGGACGGCGGGGACGAGGACGACGCGGGGGAUUACUCGGACGCGGAGUCUGACGCGUCUGACGUCGACGAGGAUGACGACAUCUCGGACCUGCUGCGUCAGGUGGACCAGGCGCAGCUGGACGAGGAGGAGGACGGCAAGGCUGGGAAGGCCGCGGACCCGACGCUCGGCGCCCCGCAGCGCACCUUCAUGCGCAUGGUCACGCGGGCGCGGACGGGCAACGCAACGUCGUUCCGCAGGCAGGGCACGCUCACGAAGGACGCGCCGCCGUCGGCGGCGUCCUCGCGGCGCUCGCGCGUCGCCGGGUCCUCGCACCUGCGCGGGGGCUCGCGGCACACCUCCCGCCGGCAGCUAGGGGGUGUCUCGCAACAGGGCUCCAACAUGCUCGCGGUGGCGAACAAGGCGUCGCGGCGGUUCAUGAAGUGGUUCCAGUCCGGCGUGGACGACGAGGACGAGCCCCAGGCCGAGGACGGCGCGUCGCGUGCCGAGGGGAGUAUUGAUGAAAAGGACCCCCUGGAGAUGACCAAGAUCACGGAGAAGCCCGAGGACGGGAGCGAGCAAGGGGGGAGUUUCCGGUCCGGGCGCGAGGACAGCGGGGGCGACGGCGCGGGCCCGUCGUCGGACGGCGCGGACGGAGCGUCGCCGGAGAAGAAGGAGUGA